AUGGCAUUCCCGUGCGCUCUUUCCUGCCUGAAUGGACAAGAUAAGGCAGUGAAGAUCCAGCAGCUGACUUGCUUCAAGAAAGGAUUGCUGGGUGGAGUAUUAGAUGUUGAAAUCAAUGGCUUUGACAAAGAGCAGAAUCUCUAUUCGGUCACAGUGCUCAGUGCUGAAGACUAUGCAGCUGUUGAGGCCGGGCCAAUUCAAGAUGUCCCUGGACAAAGGGAGUGCGACUUUGUUCUUGAAAGUGAGCCUGCUUUCCCUCUAAAUGGCUACCUGUAUUAUGAGACCGCAAUAAUUCAAGCAAUGGAUAAUUCAGUCAUUGUUGAGGAAAUGCAAGAGGACUCUGUGUUUGAAGGAUACGUGGAGCAUGUCCUGAAUCCAGGUGCGUUCUGGUUGAGAACACAGAAACGCAACAAAGACUUUGAAGAGAUGAUGGAGAACAUGGCCAAGCACUUCAGCCAAGUCCAAUUGGAUGAAGAAAUUCUGGAGAAUCCAGAGCCUGGUGCACUUUGCUGUGCAAUGUAUGAGCUGGAUAUGCAUUACUACAGAGCAAUGGUGACAGACACUCUUGACAAUGGAGCUGAAGUAUUUUUCAUUGAUUUUGGAAAUACAGAAAAGGUACCACGCAUGUGCAUCAAGCAGAUCCCGGACAAGUUUGCUAUUGAACCAGCAUUUGCCCUGAAUUGUUCUCUGGUGAAUGUCAUGCCUUUCGACGAUGUAUGGACGAUCUCUGCAACCGACUACUUCCGACGAGCAGUCUCCAGCAAAACUCUCCUUGUGCAUGUUGUCCACAUAAGGAAAGAUCUAUAUGUGGUUGAUUUGUAUGAGCGUGAAAACAACUCAUCACAAAGAGCAUCAAAGAGCAUCACAGAGCUCUUGACCACAACAAAUCAUGCAGAAUUUUGGAAAUACACUCCUUCGGCGCCUGUGAUACCUAAGAGCGAGAUGGAGAAGAAAAUGAUGAAACCGAAGACCGAUUUUUGGUGCCAGCUGGAAAGCAAGAUCCCCAACUUGGAGGACAUGAUGGAAGCGAUUCAGCGGCACAAACAUGACAUUUGCGAACACCAGGACUCCAAUCAACUCCAAUCAACAACGUUUGGACCAUCUAUGGAGGCCGUGAAGGAUAUGGCCAUUCCAUCACAGGAUAUAAGAGCCGGACAGACAGAGAGUGGGACAUUGUUGUCCGUCUUGGAGAAUGGAGAUCUAUAUCUAAGACUCCACAGCACCACAGAACAGUUUACUGUACUUGAGAAUCUCAUAGUUGAACAUUUGUCUAAGUGCAAAGUCAUGUCUGAGAAGAAUGUCAAAGAAGGACUUCAAUGCUUGGCAAAAUCAACCAAAGAUGACCAGUGGCACAGAGCAGUUGUACGGCAUGCAUCUAUUGACCAAGGAAAAUGCGUUGUGUUCCUUGUGGAUCAUGGCACUGCAGAGGACGUUCCAAUGGGCUGCAUCAAAGACCUCUGUAAUGACAUCAAGCAAACUCCUGUGCAAGCAGUCUUGUGCAAGUGGAAUAGCCCUGGCCUCCCUAUCAGCGACGCUUAUGAGAUAUUGAAGAAAACUCUGAAACAAAUGGUAGGCAAGGAUGUAAAACUGAUGUUUGUGUCCUACUCUGAAGCUGAUAACUUGUGGAUGGUCGAAAUCAUGAUAAAUGGACUGUUCCUUGUUCAGCAAAUGAAGACUGCAACUUCUGAAUUUACUGAAGAAAGACCAAUCCCCACAAAGACUCAAACUGUAACCCCAAAAGAGAAAAACUCCAACUUGGACAACAGUCCCCAGAGGUUCUUCCUUUCCCCAGUGAACAUGGAUCUGGGAUACUCCGGCUUUGCAGCUGCAGUCACCACACCAAGUGAAUUCUACAUUGUUCUGGAAGAUUUGCUUCUCAUCAUGAACAAUGUGUCUACGAUUCUUGAGGAUCUUCCAAAGGAGCUGUUGCCAUUGCAUGAAGAACACCUAAUUCCAGGGUCAUGCUGCCUUGUGAGGUCUGAUCGUAAGAACAAAUGGUGCCGAGCUGAAAUCGUCCAUUCCGAUAGCACAGUGGUUGUGAUCAAUUUGGUUGACUAUGGCCAUUGUGUGGACAUGCCGUACAAAGAUUGGUCUGAGCUGAGAAGACUUCCUGACCAGUUGACCAGGCUACCAAAGGUCACGUAUCCAUGCACUUUGAGAGGAGUAAAAUCAGUCGAGGGGCAAUGGACAGAUGAAGCAGUUGUUUUCUUUCAAGAGUGCAUCUGUAAGAAAAACCUUCAAAUAUACUUCAGGCAGUACAUUUCUGAAGCACACUGGGAGGUGGACAUUGUAGCAGAUGGUGUUCACGUGGCUAAAGACCUGGUUGAUGCUGGCCAUGCAGAAUACAUCGACAUCAUGCUUGGACUGAGAUUUCAAGAACAACGCCCCAUCAGAGCCCCUGAACAGAAACUAGGCAUGAGUCGCGCAGAGAGAACAUCCAAAGUGGAACUGGAAAUGACACCACCUAGGACGAACAAAUUCCUGAGAAGACUGAAUGAAGAACGAGAACUCGAUGGACACACUUCAAGUGAGGCUGCCUUCCAUGGGCAAGGAUUUGAAAAAGCAAGCGAGAAGACAGCCAGUGCUACUGAGUACCCUGAUGGCCAAGGAGCAGAGAUGAUGACACACUGUAGCACAAUGACUGGAACAAGACAUUCUGAUGAGGGCCUCCUGAGUGACACCGCGUCACUACAGCCCCGGGUUCGAUACCAAGCUGUGUCAGAGCAGGCUGUGACCGGGAGACCCAUGAGGACGUGCACAAUUGGCCUAGCCUCGGCCGGGUUUUCCUUGCCCCAUCGUACUUCAGCGACUUCUUGUGGCGGGCCCGGCACCUGCAAGCUGACCUUUGUCACCAGUUGGACGUUCAGCAUCGUAGCCGACUUCUGUGGGCAAAUGCUCACCGAUGGCUACCAGUAUGCUUAG